UGUCAGAGAAAAAAUUUCCAUCCUAACCCUAACCUAGCUUCUAGCCAUGUCAACAAAAACAUUCAAAAAUAAAUAAAAUAUAAAUAAAAUGUAGCACUGUGAUGUAGCAUAUUGUAGCAUAUUUAAUCACAAAUUGUAACAAGAGUAAUGGUUAGCAUAAAUAAAUCGUUUAUUUAUGGGGUUGGAUUUGCCUCUCUAACGUGGAUAAUAUCUCUGUACCUAUAUACUCAGCUCUCUAUAAAUUCUAAUGGAUACUCUAAAGACUUUACUUCUAAUUCCGAGAUACUCAGAAACGAUGUGGUAGACAAAGUAUCAAAGUUUAAAAGAAAAUAUGUAGAUAAAAGUUAUUAUAAAAAGAAUCAAGGGCACCCGUUUAAUAAUAAAGCAUUGGUCGAAAGAUUAAAGCCAGUGGAGAAAUACAAACAAGAAGCAAACAAUAAUGUAGAAAAAGAUCUUUUUGAAUUAGGGUUAGUACAAAAUGUUGAAGAACAAAAAAUUAAAGAUGAAGGAUAUAAAGUUCAUGCUUAUAAUAUUUUGAUAAGCAAUAAGCUAGAUUUGCAUAGAUACAUUCCAGAUACAAGAAACUCAUUAUGUAAAAAUAUUUCUUAUGAAACUAAUUUACCAUCUGCUAGCAUUAUAAUUUGUUUCUUUAAUGAACACAACACUACACUUUUAAGAACAGUUCAUUCAAUAUUAGACCGCACACCUGAUAACCUACUGAAUGAAAUUAUAUUGGUAGACGAUUAUAGUGACUUAAAAAAUUUACACGAAGACAUAGAAAGCUAUAUAAAGUCUCAUAAACUAAAUAAAGUGAAAUUAUUUAAAACCGAAAGGAGAGAGGGACUCAUAAGGGCUAGAAUUUUUGGAAGCCAAAAAGCUAAAGGAGAAGUGUUAGUAUUCUUGGAUAGCCAUGUAGAAGUUAACAGAGGCUGGAUGGAACCACUACUAACUAGAAUCAAGGACAAAAAAUCAAAUGUUGUAAUGCCAGUCAUUGAUAUAAUAAAUCCUGACACUUUUGCUUACAGUAGCAGUCCAUUAGUACGAGGGGGUUUUAAUUGGGGAUUACAUUUUAAAUGGGAGAACCUUCCUAAAGGUACGCUUUCUAAACCAGAAGAUUUUGUUAAAUCUAUAAAAUCACCAACAAUGGCAGGUGGUUUAUUUGCAAUAAAUCGAAAGUAUUUUAUUGAUAUUGGGGAAUAUGAUGCUGGAAUGAAUAUUUGGGGUGGAGAAAACUUGGAGAUUUCAUUUAGGAUUUGGAUGUGUGGUGGUUCAUUGGAAUUAAUUCCUUGCAGUCGUGUAGGACAUGUAUUCAGACACAGAAGACCAUAUGGGUCACCUGACGGAGAAGACACAAUGUUGCACAAUUCAUUAAGGGUUGCCAAUGUCUGGAUGGAUGACUAUAAGGAAUAUUUUUAUAAUCAGAAUAAGCAUGCUAAAGAUGUUAACUUUGGAGAUGUCACUUCCAGAAUUCAGUUAAGGAAAGAAUUAAAAUGUCAAGAUUUUGACUGGUAUUUGAAAAAUAUUUAUCCUGAAUUGAUACUUCCAUCGGAUGAUGAAGAAAGAUUAAAGAAAAAAUGGUCAGCGUUAGAACAUGACAAAUAUCAACCAUGGCAUUCUCGAAAAAGAAAUUAUAUCGAUGAAUUUCAAAUCAGGUUGAAAAAUAGCUCUCUAUGUAUUCAAAGUGCCAAAGAUGUAAAGACAAAGUCUAGUCUUUUAGUUCUGAGACCUUGCAUAAAAAGCAAAAAUCAAAUUUGGUAUGAAACUGAUAAAAACGAGCUUGUUUUGGCACAAUUAUUAUGUUUGCAAGCUGCAACUCCCAAUCCCAUUCUAUACAAAUGUCAUGAAUUAGGCGCAGACCAAGAAUGGAAACAUAAAGAAGGGACAAAUUCACCGAUUUAUAAUCUAGGAGCGGGUACUUGUUUAGGGGUGAGUAAGAGAAAGGUCAAUGCAACUCUCGAAAUGAAACUUUGCACUGACCCAAACUUAAGUACUUGGGAUUUUAUUAAUGUAUAGUUUUUCGAAUCUUUUGCUGAUCUGUUUUGGCUGUAUAUCUGAACAAUAUUUAGCGAAUAUUUUUUACUCUGCUAAAUGAUAUUUGAAGCAAUUUAUUGAUAUUAAUUAUCGAUCUAACAUAUUUUAUACUAAUUUUUAUUUUGAAUCUCUCUUUUUUACUAUUUAAUUUAUAUUGUAUAUCUAAAGAAUAACUAUUUUUACAUUGGGCAAAUGAAGUGGAUAUUAUAUAUAAUUUAUUGAUAUUGGUUAUUCAUCAAAUAUUUUAAUUUGUCUCUUUUAAGGUGUUUUGUAUUUUUUAUUCUGGCAGAAAUAAAAGUUUUUAUGUUUA